AUGGCAUCCAACCUCUUUGACGUCGACGAGAACAAGGCAUCCGAGGAAGCAUCCACCCCCGCUCCGGUUCCCAAGGCAGAGCGCAGGGUGAAGCUUUACAGCUGGGACUCUGUCGCGGCCCAGUUGUUGGAACCAUUCGGUGAAUGCGCUCUCGACAACCUUUCGCUCGCGGAGUUGUGGAAGGCUGCCAGCGAAGGAAACAGAAAGACAGCUUACCAUAGUCAUCUUUGUGCCGACAAAGAAACAGACAAAUGGCGAGUUGGCGCAGGGGUUUCCAUGACCAGUGCCGCGCUCCUUGCAGCCAUUAAACACUUGGAAUCCGAUAACAUGCGCAUGUUGAUUCGGCCGGAGCUCUACGAGAAGAUCAUCAAAGAGGCCACCGACCUGAAGCCCUCCCUCGAAAAGCUCAACCUUGGAAGAGGCUCACAAAAGUACGACAAGACCACCGGCAGCCUAAGCCAGGCAAAGCGCCAGAAGACCGGUCACAGCUCCGUUCGCGCCCACACGGAAGAAGAGGUCAUGGCCGCAGUCACGAAAUUCCAUGGUUGGCUGGCUCAAGAAAAAUCUGCACUCCGCGGGGCGUUGUUCGUGCUGUCCGGCAGUAACACGUACUACACAGGUCAUGCUGCUGAAGUGGUUGCCAGGGCCUGCAUCAUCCACAAGCCGUUGAAUGAACAGGAGAUGCGCGAGUGCAUGCGCGCACGUCUGGCAAAGCCGGCCGAGGAACCAGAAGACAGCAAGCGGCCGGGCACAGACAACAACGGCCUUUUUGACUAA